UGUGACUCACUCCUCUCCUCCCAGGGUUCCUGAGUUUGUGCGGGAGCGUCGUUUUGGUAACUGGCUGAGGGAUGCGCGUGAUUGGGCCGUUUCCAGGAACCGCUAUUGGGGCACGCCCAUCCCCCUCUGGUGCAGCGACGACUUUGAGGAGGUGGUGUGUGUAGGAUCCAUGGCUGAGCUGGAGGAGUUGACAGGAGUGAAAGUAACUGAUCUGCAUCGGGAGAGCAUUGACCAGUUGACUAUCCCGUCCCGCUGUGGUAAAGGCGUGUUGCGCAGGGUCACUGAGGUGUUUGACUGCUGGUUUGAGUCGGGCAGCAUGCCCUACGCCCAGGCCCACUACCCCUUUGAGAACAGGAAGGAGUUCGAAGACACCUUCCCCGCUGACUUCAUUGCUGAGGGCAUCGACCAGACCAGAGGAUGGUUCUACACCCUCCUGGUGUUGUCCACAGCUCUGUUUGGAAAACCACCGUUCAAGAACGUCAUCGUCAACGGACUGGUGCUGGCCAGCGAUGGACAGAAGAUGAGUAAACGCAAGAAGAACUACCCUGAUCCAGGUCUGGUUGUGGAGAACUAUGGAGCUGAUGCCCUGAGGCUCUACCUAAUCAACUCCCCGGUAGUGAGAGCUGAGAACCUUCGUUUCAAAGAGGAAGGAGUCAGAGAUGUUCUGAAGGAUGUGUUCCUCCCCUGGUACAACGCCUACCGCUUCCUGGUCCAGAACGUCCAGCGUCUCCACAAGGAGGACGGCAUCAGCUUCCUGUACAACGAGGCCACAGCCAAGCGCAGUGACAACAUCAUGGACAAAUGGAUCCAGUCCUUCACCCAGUCUCUCAUCCAGUUCUUCAAAGCUGAGAUGGAUGGUGAGCUACGCACACACCCACACACACACAUACAACCACACACACACACACACACACACACACACACACAAGCCGUUUCCUAGGGGUGUAACCGUACA